AAAGCUGUGUCCCCACGUGGCGGUUCUCAUUGCUCGCCUCUCAUUUUCAAAUCCCCUGGCACUGGAAGAAGUUGAAUUGUUGGCACACCACACACAUUUACAUGAAAAGACACAUGAAUUUGGUCGGAUGAUUAUUCUGUGAAAACCCGUUUUUCUCAUGGGAGUGGACUGCGGGUUUCUUUUCAGUAGACUAGCCAAACCUACAUCCAUUGGUUUUCCAUUUCUGCGAAGUGUAUGGACAAAAAUGGAUUUAUCACUCCCUCACGUCCGUGGAAUGACUGAACUAGACAGAGCAAAAUUUACUAAACAAGUGACUGUGCCAUCUGUGGAAAUUCUGAGUAAAAAUGUUGGAAAAAGUAUGCCAGUAUUCAAGAAAUAUCUCCUCAAAAUGGAGAAGCUUAAACCAGUUACUGAAGUUCAAGGAAAUGAUGAAAAGAGGAAAUUACUCUUGGAUCCAAUAUUAUUUGAAACAUUGGACAAACUACGGGAAGAUGACCAGCAGAAGCUUUCUGAACUAGAUGUAAGCAAGACUAGCUUCUCCAAUACUUGUCUGCAAUUAGAAUACCAUAACUACAGAAUUGAUGAUGUCUUCAAAGCUGUUCUACCAGAAGGAAAGGAAGGGUGUACAUCCUAUUCACGCAUUGGUCACAUCAUUCAUCUCAAUCUUCGGGAUCAUCUGUUGCCUUACAAAAAUCUUAUUGGUCAAGUCUUAGUGGACAAGCUCAUUGGAGUUAAAACAGUGGUGAACAAGAGCUCGUCCAUUGAUUCUACGUAUCGCAAUUUCCAAAUGGAAGUAUUGGCGGGAGAAGCAGAUUUUGUAACUGAGGUGAAAGAAAAUAUGUGCACUUUCAAGUUUGAUUUUAGUCAAGUAUACUGGAAUUCAAGAUUGUGCACCGAACAUGAGCGGAUUAUCAAACUAUUACCACAAAAAAGUGUAUUGUUUGAUGUUUUCGCUGGUGUGGGUCCUUUUUCCGUUCCGGCCGCUAAGAUUCGCAAAUGCCGAGUUUUUGCCAAUGAUCUCAACCCAUCGAGUUAUCAUUGGCUCAAAGAAAACGUCCGGCUCAACAAAGUGGAAAACAUCGAAACUUUCAACCUAGAUGGGCGCCAGUUCAUACGUGAACAAAUGCCACCUUUCCUCCUUGCAAGGCCCAGUGAACCGAUUCAUGUGACCAUGAACCUUCCCGCGCUUGCAGUCGAAUUCCUUGAUGCCUUCAUCGGACUCUUAUCUGGUGUUGAAUUAGAUCCGCGUCUAGACAUUACGGUCCAUGUCUACAGUUUCUGCGAAGAGUCGUCUGCCUUCUCAGAGAUGCGUACUAAAGUGGAAUCAGCGCUGAAGCAUUCAAUCGAAGAUGGACAAAUCGUCGAGUUGGUCGACGUUCGAGAUGUUUCACCCAAAAAGCAUAUGCUACGCCUGUCUUUUCGGAUUCCGCCAAAUGUUCUUACGAAGGCCACUGAAGAGGAAACAUCUUCUGAACCGAAACGUCUAAAGCUGGAUUUAGAAACGCAAGGUCGAUGAAAAUGCCAAAAAGAAGAUGGCGG